UACAUUUCUUGGUUUCAUCCCAUACGUACGUACUGUAUGUUGAGUCAAGGAGACUGUAGGUCACUUGCAAGAGCUCUUCUACACGACGUCGAGUCAACAGUUUUGUCACGCCUUCGUCUCCGUGAACAAAUCAGUGAAAACUGCGUCAGAAAUCGUCAUAAUCACUGCAGCUCGCCAGAACAACAUCUGUUGGAUAUCUGGGGUUUACAAGAGAAAGAUCUCAUUGAUUACCAAAUUCCCGCCACUGUCUGGAACACCUCAAGUGUAGACGUUAGCAACAGUAGCUGGAGUAGCAGUUUGCUACCAAGUGAAAGAGUGACGAAAGAUGAGGCUGUUGUAGAUGAAGAUGUGAUCGACACCGCAGUUGACCUUUCUUCUAGCUCUUCAUUGUCACACUGUACGCUAAGCGACGAAUCUGAACGCAACGACGAAACCACAAGAAAACUUUACAGUAACGUUAACUUUCACAAGGAAGCUAGCAUUGUGGGUGAACAGUGCUGCAUCGAAUGUACUUUGUGCAGGCACUCUAACUGUAGAUCGUGGAAUUUCUGUGAGGAGUGUGGCUCUUUACUGAGUAAGCCCUGGCAGCCGACCAAACACGUUCCAGCUGCUACAAGUGCUUUAAAGAGCAACCUUGCUGAACUACAGAAAAAGCAUUUACAUGGGGGAAAUUUGCGGACAAUGCCCUGUCUAGAGAAGAAGGUUGUAUCGGGCAUGUUAGAAGAUACGCAUACAGAAGAGGAUAGAUUUAUAAUGAAGAGUGUUCUUCAUCAGGGGCAAUAUAAAAGACACUGGAAGCAGUCAGGAAUAAUAGGACCUGUCACUAUCAAAUAUGGAAAAGUUAACAGUAAAGAUUGCUUACAGAAGAACACAGGCAAUGCUACUGUAAAACCUAGGGUGAUUACUGCUUCUUUUGGAGAUUCUUCAAGGCAAACUGUCAGAGCACAUCAUCCCAUCCAGUCAUCAGGGAUGCUCAAUGUAAAACAGAGCUGUUUAUGGACUUCAAAUCAGCAUUCUAGUUUACCGGGAUCUACUCUUUCAAGAGUAUCAAACAGGAUUUCUUUGUUUCAGACAACUCACAUUGCGUAUCUUCCUGAUGAAAUGUUGUUGUACAUUUUUGGUUUUCUUGAACAAAAACAUCUGGCAGUAUGUUGUAGAGUAAACAGAGAUUUUUACAGAGUGAGUACAGACUCCAGCUUAUGGAAAGAAAUAACAAUUAUCAAACGUCAACUAGCAGAUUUGUGGUUGCUCAGAUUAAGCCAACUUCGACCAGUCUCACUUCACCUUGUUUGCUGUCGAGGUGGCCCACAGUUAACUUCAUCAGGACUGAGACAACUGUUUCGAUCUUGUGCUGAUAACUUAGAAGAGCUCAAUAUCAGUGGAUGUAGCAGAGGAGAGUUGAUUGGAUCUUCUCUGUUGCUUCAUUGUUCUUCUCGCUGUCACAACCUGCACUCACUCAAUGUCAGCUGGUGUCAGAUAAGCAUCAAAGCUUUAGAAUUAGUAUUGGAAGCUAAUCAGGGAAUUUGUGACCUUGAUCUGAGCGGCUGUAAUGUCACUGACACAAUUUUGUACAUAAUUGAAUCAAAGCUACCAUGUUUGAAGAGAUUACAUUUGUAUGGAAACUCAAGUGUAACUUCAUCUGCACUGGAAUCCCUUGCUUCUAAGUGCAAGUGUAUCAAUGACUUGAAUGUUGGCCAGUGCUGCCAGGUUAACGACUCUUGUCUAAUCAAUGUGAGCAGUAAUCUUUGUUGCCUGCAGUGUAUUGAGUUACGAGGAUGUACACAAGUUUCUGACAUGGGAAUUAAAGGUUUAGUAAGGAAUUCAUCACAAUUACAGUCUAUUGGCUUGGCGGCAUGCCAAAACGUUGGAGAUUCUGCCCUGACAAUUCUUGAUUGUGUAAUGUCAUUGAGGUCUUUGGAUGUGACCAGUUGUCCAGUAUCAGAUGUGAGUGUACAACAUUUAAUUUGCAGCAUUGGUGACAACCUUGUGAAGUUAAAGCUUGGCUCAACUGCUAUUACAGAUGGAAGUGUGUUUUGUAUAUCUCAGUCAUGCAGCAACUGGUUGGAAGAAUUGGAUCUUAGCUAUUGCCGAUCUGUCACAGCUGCAGCAGUCCAGUCUGUUGUUCAGUCUUGUCAGAGGUUGCAAAAACUAGCCGUUUAUGGAUUGCCUUUCAGAACACAAGUAUCAACUCCACAAUGGUCAGAUGUAAAGAUAGACUUGGCUCAUCCUUUGUAGCAGCAGAAACAGAGCUACUAUAUAUUAAUUGAUUACAUACGCAGAAAAGAAUAACAGUUUGUAGUUAAGGUAGGUAUUUAUCAAUCAUACAUUCAACUCCCAGUCUUGUUGAUACAGUUGUUGCUCAAUAUCUGCACAUAAGCCAAGCCAUCUGCAUAUUUCUCUCAGUAACAUAUCUUUGCCAAUUUUGGGCGAUGUAGCAGUUAGACAGAUCAAGGCCAUGACAAAUGGAAAUAUAUUAAUAAGUAAC